UGGGAAAACGGGUUUGGUAGGUAUAAAUGUACUAAGCCACGAUCUCUGGCUUCAAGCUCUGCCUGCUUCCAGAAUAAAAGAAGCUGCUUCUUUGAACACUUCUGCCAAAGAAACAUCUUAUCAUGAAGUGGCUAGCUGUGGCAGUUUUCCUUGUGGGCUCUACCAUCUGUUUGUCAGUGAACAGCUUUUCAGUGCACAGGGGCAAGCGUAUGGUAGGAGGCUCCCUGGUCUCCACUCACGUCCCCUGGCAGGCCAUGGUCUUCCUCAGUGAGAACAUACUGGACGGGGGGUUUGCGGGAGGAGCACUGAUCGCUCCGCGCUGGGUUCUGACUGCGGGCAGGAACCUCUUUGUGAGGAAGAGCAGAGAGCACACCAGAGGGGAAACACCCCGUAUCCCCAAGGUCUACUUAGGAAUUUCCCGACAGGCUGAGGCUGGUCCCGCUACAGAAGUGGCAGUGGAGAAGGUGUUUUUACAUCCAGGCUUCCAGAGCAACAACACCUGGGAUGAUGACCUUGCCCUGAUUCAGCUGAAGGAACCUGUGAUCUUCAGUGACACCGUCUUCCCUAUCCCCCUUCCGGAGAGAGGCGAAGACCUGGCUGACAAAGAGGGGCAGCGGGGCGUCAUCGCUGGCUGGGGCUGGGGAAUCCUUCUCACUCCUUCGGAAACUCUGAAGUUUAUCUCCCUGGCUGUUGCUUCCGAGUGUGAAGGGGAGAAGACGCUCUGUACAGAACCCAGCAAGUACAGUGAGAACGUUUGCUUUGGGGAUGCAGGUGGAGCUCUAGCCUUUCUCGACCCCGACACAGGCCAAGUGUACGCCGGCGGCAUACUUUCCAAUGACAAGACUUGUAGCACGGGGAAGAGGGCUGUCUACACAAAGGUGUCCGCCUACUUGCCCUGGAUCCACAGUGUCAUGAGGGGGGACUUCGAGAGAUUCUCCUCUCUUCGCACUUCAAUCAUGAAUGCUAUGUUAUAGAUUUAUCACUGCUCUACCUGUGCAUGUGGGUGGAUUAACUGCACACUUUAUUUUCCAAGUGUAUUCAACGUCAAUAAAUUUCUGUAUUCUGAA